AUGUCGAUCGACCUCAACUGGGAAACGGUGACGGGAGGCCCCGACGGGGAGGAGCUGGCGCACCAGAUCCGCGACUUCAUCCACACAAAGUUCCAGUCGGUGCCGCUGCCGCGCUUCAUCAAGUCCGUCACCGUCCACGACUUUGAGUUUGGCUCCAUCCCCCCCCAGGUCGAGCUCAAGGACAUCACCGACCCGCUGCCCGACUUCUACGAGGAGAAUGACGACAACGGCGGUGAUGACGACGAUCGCAGCGCCGCUAGUGGUGGCAGCGGAAGCCCCCGCGGCGCCGACGCCGCCGACGACGCCGCCAGCAUCCCUGCCGAGCUGAGGGCCGCCGCUCAGCGUCGCAGGCGCGCCGAGCAAGCUGCCGCCGAGCAAGCCGGGAGCGGCGGCAAUGGCGGAGGCAACCCCGGAGGCGGUAGGAACGUCCCCCCCCACCUCGGGCUCGCCAGCGCCGGCUCGCGGAACUCGGCCUUCCUCAGCGACGGCGGCGGCGGCAGCCCCUUCCUCGGCGUGUCGACCCCAGGCAUCCCCGGCGGCACGUCCAACCUGCACUACUUCCACUCGCACCUCGCCUCCGGGCUCUCGGGCGCCCAGACGCCGCUCGCCGCCGUGGCAGGCGCCCACCACCUGAGCAACGCCUGGCUCGACGCCACGUACGGCCACAGCUCGUCCACCCCGAACCUGCACCAGCAGUACCCGGGCUUUGCCGGCCGUGUCGGUGCCGGCCGCGGCGGUGGGACCUUCAACCUCCACCAACUACCCCCGCUGCAGUCGUCCAGUCACAGCCGCCAUCCAUCGCAGAGCUCCAUCUCCAUCAUGGAUUUCAACCAGGGCCGGCCCGGUCCUACCUCGCCCACUACGCCCCCCGGGCCGGCUGCCGGGGGUCUGGGCAUCCUAGCUGGCGGCGGCGGCGGCGGCGGACCCGCGCUUCGCGAGAAGCACAGCGUGUCAACGCUGGCACCGACGUCAGCGGGGACGUCACGACCACCUACGCGCGACGCGGCGGGGGCGCUCGCAGCGCUGGCCGGCUCGGCGAUAGCCGAGGACGAAGAUGGCGGCGGCAGCAGCGGGGAGGUCAACGACAACGACGACGACAAGGAGCCGCUGCGGCGGUUCCGUGAGCGGCGCAUCGAGGACAUGCAGGCCGUGUUCCGCAUCCGGUACGCGGGCGACAUCAAGCUGCUGCUGACGGCCGACAUCCUGCUCGACUACCCCAUGCCCAGCUUCGUCGGCAUCCCGCUGCGCCUCAGCAUCACGGGCCUGACGUUUGACGGCGUCGGCGUGCUGGCCCAAAUCCGCAAGCGCGUGCACUUUUGCUUCCUCAGCCCCGAGGACGCGUUGGCCGCCGUGGGCGGAGACGAUUUACAUGUACGAAGUGGAGGAGGAGGAGGAGGCCAGGCUUCUACAGAACCGAGCUGGAACACGAAAAUGGGCGGCCUGCUGCAGGAAAUCAGGGUCGAGAGCGAGAUAGGACAGCGGCAGAGUGGGAAACAGAGCCUUAAGAACGUCGACAAGGUCGAGCGGUUCGUCCUCGAGCAGGUGCGGCGGAUAUUCGAGGACGAGUUUGUAUAUCCCAGUUUCUGGACGUUUCUGGUAUGA